GGUUUGUUUUGGUUGUGCAGCCCAGAGAUAUGGCGGUGGUGCUGCUGGCCAGACUAGCAAGUUUACUAAUGUAUGACAUUUUCACGACUGAACUUCAAUGUUCGUGUACAUUGUAACGAGUCUGCCCUGUGGGCCUAACGAUGAAUGUUUUCCGGACCUAAAGGUGGAUGUGGACUUCCCUGGCAGCGAUGUGCUGCAGAUCAUCUCCGCUGAUGAGCUCCACUGCCAACGGGCCUGCAGCCAGCAUCCCUCCUGCCAGUUCUUUAGCUUUCUCAGGCCUGACUGGACCAGGGACAGCAGGCGUUUCUACUGUUACCUCAAGCACACAGAUUCUGGGAAACCAUCUCGAGUGACCAAGCUGAAGGGGGUGACAUCAGGCUACUCCCUUAAAAACUGCAAGGAGACAACUGAAUGUUUUCCGGACUUAAAGGUGGAUGUGGACUUCCCUGGCAGCGAUGUGCUGCAGAUCAUCUCCACUAAUGAGCUCCACUGCCAACGGGCCUGCAGCCAGCAUCCCUCCUGCCAGUUCUUUAGCUUUCUCAGGCCUGACUGGACCAGGGACAGCAGGCGUUUCUACUGUUACCUCAAGCACACAGAUUCUGGGAAACCAUCUCGAGUGACCAAGCUGAAGGGGGUGACAUCAGGCUACUCCCUUAAAAACAGCAAGGAGACAACUGAAUGUUUUCCGGACUUAAAGGUGGAUGUGGACUUCCCUGGCAGCGAUGUGCUGCAGAUCAUCUCCACUAAUGAGCUCCACUGCCAACGGGCCUGCAGCCAGCAUCCCUCCUGCCAGUUCUUUAGCUUUCUCAGGCCUGACUGGACCAGGGACAGCAGGCGUUUCUACUGUUACCUCAAGCACACAGAUUCUGGGAAACCAUCUCGAGUGACCAAGCUGAAGGGGGUGACAUCAGGCUACUCCCUUAAAAACGAAUGUUUUCCGGACUUAAAGGUGGAUGUGGACUUCCCUGGCAGCGAUGUGCUGCAGAUCAUCUCCACUGAUGAGCUCCACUGCCAACGGGCCUGCAGCCAGCAUCACUCCUGCCAGUUCUUUAGCUUUCUCAGGCCUGACUGGACCAGGGACAGCAGGCGUUUCUACUGUUACCUCAAGCACACAGAUUCUGGGAAACCAUCUCGAGUGACCAAGCUGAAGGGGGUGACAUCAGGCUACUCCCUUAAAAACGUCAAGGAGACAACUGAAUGUUUUCCAGACUUAAAGGUGGAUGUGGACUUCCCUGGCAGCGAUGUGCUGCAGAUCAUCUCCACUGAUGAGCUCCACUGCCAACGGGCCUGCAGCCAGCAUCCCUCCUGCCAGUUCUUUAGCUUUCUCAGGCCUGACUGGACCAGGGACAGCAGGCGUUUCUACUGUUACCUCAAGCACACAGAUUCUGGGGAACCAUCUCGAGUGACCAAGCUGAAGGGGGUGACAUCAGGCUACUCCCUUAAAAACUGCAAGGAGACAACUGGUGGGCUCAGUCUGCUUCCUCUUCACUUCAGUAACAUUUAUAAAAAAAUACUUAUCAGAUGUUUUCUUUUUCUCUUUGCUCAAUUACCAAUGAUGGAUCAUUUGGGUCAUUCCACCUCAAUUCAACAGAUUUUAGAGAAAAUUUCUGCUUGACCAUCUCAGAUUUUCUUCAAACUUUUACCAUCUAAAGAGUAACCAUUUAAACUAACUUAGCCAAAAUAUUAGAUUGGUAUACCUUAUACAUCCAGAGAAAUUUUUUUUUUAACAUGGUACCCCCCUUCUGAUUUUUGGCACAUUGGCGCCCUCAUCUAAAUCUGCAGCAAAGUUCAGAUGUCAUUAUCUCAAAAAGUUUUCAAGCUAAAGACUUUAACUACCACAUGUUUAUAGCCUAUGUUGUCUAUGGUCUAGACCUAAUGAGUAUUGAAAUGUCCGGGUGCAGUUACUGUUUCAUACUGUAGAUCCCAAUGAAGCAUCUCAGUAAUGCAGCUCAUGUAUCUAGGGUCUCUGGUUGUACAGUAUGUCGAGGGCUGAGAAGCAAAGGGGCAUAAGUGACAUUUCACCAACUUUACAGGAGAGCCAAAACAAAUCUAACUUCUACUGGAUUUGUUCACAGUUAAAGACCUUUGGUUUUUGUUCAAUAACUUUAUAUUUAUAAAUAUUUUACUUCUAUAAUUUUGUCAGUUAGAAAGAGCUGAUCAAGAGCUUUCAGGUGAUAUGUAUAUGUAUGUAUACCCUUUGCUUCUCAGCCCUAGAUGUGUCAUUUACAAGAGAUCACCUGUCACGAUUCCACCCUUUGUAAACGUAAUACGGAUUAGAAUUAAUUUGAGCACUUAACUGUGUGAGUUAACUGAACACACACAAAUCUACAGUUGUACUCUUAGUGAGGGCGCAUACUUGUAUACUGACAGUGAAUUAUUUUGUGAGAAAAAAAAACAUCCUUUGGCACAAACCCUCUCUUCUGUCAUUCCCAGACUCACCAGACUCAGAUUACUGUGACUAGAGAUGCAUGGAUGUAGAUCCCUAGCAUCAUUCCCCCCUGCAACAUGGCCACUUCUCAAAAAGCCCGCGAUGAGGGGCGGCAAACACCACAGAGCUUACACUCAUGUCACCAUGGAUACCCACGAAUCACGAUGCUGCCAUGCAGAGCUCGCAUCUUCUUCUCUCUCUUUCCAAACUCAUGAACUCUCGCUCUCUUUCCAAACUCCCAACUCAUGAACUCCUCUCCUCCACAUCCUCUCUCUCUUUCCAAACUCCAACUCAUGAACUCCUCUUUCCAACAUCCUCUCUCUCUUUCCAAACUCCAACUCAUGAACUGCUCUCCUCCACAUCCUCUCUCUCUUUCCAAACUCCAACUCAUGAACUCCUCUUUCCAACAUCCUCUCUCUCUUUCCAAACUCCAACUCAUGAACUCCUCUUUCCAACAUCCUCUCUCUCUUUCCAAACUCCAACUCAUGAACUCCUCUUUCCAACAUCCUCUCUCUCUCUCCAAACUCCAACUCAUGAACUGCUCUCCCACUCUGCACUCCCAAGGCUUUAAUAAAGUGGCCAGUUAUUCUGCU